UGCUACAACAUUGGUUAGCCGCUUGUCAAUGUCCAGUCACGUGGUGUCACACGGACGGCCAUGUUUCCGAAACACAAACAACAAGAAGAGCAGCGACUGGGAGCCAGCAGACACAUACUGAUACGCAGCAGCGACCGUUGGAGGAGAGGGAAAAAUAAUAAAUAGAAUACAGAGCACGACUUUCUGAAAGUACGAUUCUGUCGAAUGAAUACGUUUACAGUGUUUAAAGAGACCAAUGCAAACGAUAUAUUGGCUGUAGACACGCCGUGCAGACAACCAGUCUGGUAGCUAUAAACAGUGAAGUGGUGCAAAGGGAGGAGGACAGGAAAUAAAGGAGUUACCUGGAGGGUGUCCGUCAAUCCACAUUUCAGUUGGAGCGAAAGAAAAAAGGCACGGAGGGAGAGAGAGAAAGGAGAAGAGGAGUGCGAGUCGCGUCUGCUCUUGGCAGCUGUUCCAGCAGCCUGAUUCAUUGUUUUGGCUGUUAUUUCGUUCCUGCGUUACCUUUUUUGAUGAAUCAGUUCAUAUUUUUAACUUUAAUGUGAGAUAUAACUGCUGUAAAAACAAAAAAAGAAAAAAAGACAAAAAAAGAAAGAAAACAUUAUUACUAGCAAGAGUGUUUUUAUUUUGUUCCAUCAUUAAUUUCCAAGGUUCUUUUUGUUUCUUUUUUUAUGUUUAACAACCUUUUUCGGCUGUGAGUAGCAGGAGCUUCCAUUCUCCAAACUAUUGUCAAACCCCCUUCCUCACCUAGUUUGGACCUGAUAACCUGGUAUUCCUCAAGCACCUGAAACUGGCAGCUAUUCUCUUUGUGUCUGUGUGUUUGGGGAGCUCUGUGACCACAGCUUAAACACCACUCAGCCUUCUAGUCACCUAAGCCUAACUAAACCCAGCCAGCUCUAGCCUGGUCCAACCCAGUCCAGCCUGCUCCGAUCAUCUGGACAGGAUACUCAGUUCUGUGUGGACGUGAGGAAUAUGACUGCUGAGACUCUUAACUUCGGCCCAGAAUGGCUCCGUGCACUGUCCAGUGGGGGGAGUGUGACGUCCCCCCCUCCUUCCCCCGCCAUGCCAAAGUACAAGCUGGCCGAGUACCGCUACGGCCGAGAGGAGAUGUUAGCACUUUAUAUCAAAGACAACAAGGUCCCAGAGGACAUGCAGGAUAAGGAGUUUGCUGCUAUUCUGCAAGAUGAGCCCAUGCAGCCACUGGCACUGGUGCCUCUCACUGAGGAGGAGCAGAGGAACUUCUCCAUGUCUGUGAACAGUGUGGCGGUGCUGAGGCUCAUGGGAAAAGGGGCGGGUGGGGCUGCCCCGGCUGGAGUGGUCCGAGGACGAGGGGCCACACGAGGCGGUCGAGGACGAGGUCGUGGUGAAGGUGGAUUCUACCAAAGAAGUAUUGAAGAUGUGGAGGUGGGUUUCGGCCGCAGCGUCCGAGAGAUACACCGCAGCCAGAGCUGGGAUGACAGGGGUGAGCGUCGAUUUGAGAAGCCGCUGCGGCGGGAGGUGGUGCGUCCUGGCUUUGAAGAGGCUGCAGGUCCCGGGGGUCCAGGGAGGAAGGAGUACACAAGGGCUGACAGUGAUAACUGGCGCACCCUCCGGGAGGAGCAGGAGGAGGAUGAGGGGGAGCCGGGCAGCAACUGGAGACUCGCUGGACCCCGCAGGGAUGAUGGUGGUCCUCGCUCAGCAGGCUGGCGGGACCACGGCGCUCCAGGCGAGAGUCGCCGGAGGAAGUUUGAUUUUGACUUCCGGGACUCGGAAGGUCACGGUGGUGGCCGCCGGCGUGCAGGCAGUGAAGGACUAGAGGACGAUAGGGACGGCCUGCCUGAGUGGUGUACAGAUGAGGAAGACGGGGAGAUGGGCACGUUUGACUCCUCUGGAGCUUUCAUGCCUAUGAAGAAGAGUGGCAAGGAGACAAUCCUGGAGGAGGAGUUGGAGUUUAAGGGGAUAGAGGAGGAGGAAGAGGAGGAGAGCUUCGCUGACAUCGAGAGGAACAGUGCUGAUGGAGACAAAGAUAAAGAGAGUAAAGACACCAGCUCUGCUGUGGUUGAUGGUGAGGCAAAGCCAGCAUCACCUUCCUCUUCUCCUCCGACACACUGUACCCCUCCAUGCCUGGAGCCCCAGCCCAGCAAUGCAGGCCCGGUGGUGGAUAGCGCUCAUCUGAGCAACAGUCUCCCUGUGAAGGCCAACAGCACGCCAAGUGAAGACAUGGCUCCGACAGGGGGCUCCAAGUCCCAGCUGAGCCCCAGCGCCGCCACUUCUUCCAGUCUGCCUCCCCCACCCCCUUCCUCUACUGCUUCUCUCCUCCCUCCAUCUGGAGGAGACAUCGAGGACGAUGAAGGCAUGAAGCACCUGCAGCAGGAGGCAGAGAAGAUGGUGGCAUCACUGCAGGACACUUCUUUGGAGGAGGAGUGUUUCACUCAGGCUCUGCAGCAGCAGCAGGAGAGCAGGAACACGGCAGCCGCUCUGCCGCUGUCUCAUGAGGCCGCCAUGAAGUGGUUCUACAAGGACCCACAGGGAGAGAUCCAGGGUCCCUUCACCACAGUGGAAAUGUGCGAGUGGUUCCAGGCUGGCUACUUCACCAUGACCCUGCUGGUGAAGCGGGGCUGUGACGAGGGCUUUCAGCCCCUGGGGGAUGUCAUCAAGAUGUGGGGCCGUGUGCCCUUCGCCCCAGGGCCCUCCCCGCCGCCCCUGCUGGUGAGACAGCCACCACCAACGCAGCGCCCGCAGCCCAACCGGGGGCCCGCCGGGACUGUGAGUCAGAGCUCAGCCAACGUAGAGGAUGGGGAGGGGAGGAUGCAGAGGAGAGGGAAGAUUGAUAGACAGGUUAUGGGAAACCUGGACCAGGAGCGCCUGAAAAAGCAACAGGAGCUGGCAGCAGCAGCAGCUCUUUAUCAGCAGCUCCAACAGCAGCAGCUAUUCCAGCUCAUUAACAGGUGCAGUGAGCAGGGUAUGAUGCCUUCGAUGAACAGAUCGAUGUCAGUGCCAGAUACAGGGUCCAUGUGGGACAUGCAUACCUCAGCUUCACAGCCGUCAGGCGGUGAAGCCAGUCUUUGGGACAUAACAAUGAAUCCUUCUACUCAGGGUCCAACUCUCGAACAGCUUCAAAAGCUCCAGCAGGAGAGGCGAGACGCUGAACUCAGGGCGAAGCGUGAGGAGGAGGAGCAGCGUAAGAGGAGGGAAGAGAAGAGGAGGCAACAGGAGGAGCAGAAGAGGAGGGAGGAGGAGGAGCUCUUCAGACGCAAGCAGUGUCGUCAGCAGCAGGAAUUGAUCAUGAAGUUGCUGCAGCAGGCCCCCCAGCAGCAGGGUCCUGGGGCAGGCGGCUCAGGCUGGAGUGGGGGUCCGUCCUCGGGGCUCACCAAAGCAGGAAAGUCCUCGGCUCUGGCUCUGAUGGAAAUGCAGCAGGAGGCAGAGAGGCUCCUGAAGCAGCAACAGCAACAGAGAGCCCAGCAGCAGAGGGACCGCCACCCAGGCAUGUCGAUGGGGAGCUCCUCCAUGGGAGGGCAGUGGGUGGAGGGUGUUGGCAUGUGGGGUGGACCUGGAGGUAUGGAGGGUAAAAGCGGCAGUGGAGGCUCUUCAGGCAGCAUGGGCAUGUGGGACGAGGCUGUGAAGAACCAGGCCAGCCUGCGUGGCAACAGCAACAACAUGGGAUUGAAAAACAGCCGCAGCAGCCCGUCACUCAGUGAUCAGUACAUGAUGCGUCGUAAGCGGACAGAAGAGGAGGAGAAGCUGCUGAAGCUGCUGCAGGGCAUGAAGCCUCAGGAUGGCUUCACCACCUGGUGUGAACAGAUGCUGCACGCUCUGAACACCUCUGCCAACAACUCCUCCUCCUCUCUGGAUGUUGCCACAAUUGUGGCAUACCUGAAGGAGGUGGAGUCUCCCUAUGCAGUGCUGGACUUCAUCCGGUCCUACCUUGGGGACACAGUGGAAGCCAAAGAGUUCGCCAAACAGUUUCUGGAGCGACGUGCCAAACAGAAAGCCAACCAACAGAGACAGCAGCAGCAGUUAUCAAAGGAAGUGGCUGGAUUGAACAUGAACUUCCCUCUGCAGGACUCAAUGCGAGGUAUGAAUCCAAGCACCCUGCAGUCCAUGUUUCAAGCCAACCACAUGGGCAAGGCUGGUCUCUAUGACAACCAGGGGGGGAAGAUGAAAAAGAAACAGCCCAUGAUGCUGCACUCUGACCCCAGCAUCUUAGGGUACUCAUUCCACAACACGGGCGAGUGUCUGAGCCUGAAUGAGAUGGAGAUGGUGGAGGAUUACUGAUGUGACGCAGCGCAGCAGCAAUAGCUACCUGAGGCCUUCUGUCUUUUAAUCAGACAAACCUGAUGACGAAUGUGCACUGCUGGGGGAACCGGGGGUGGGGGUAGGAAGGGAGCGCGCAUGAGGGGAGUUGCAGGGUGGAGGCGCCUGGAUCUGCGCCUGCCACUCGUUCCUUCCCUCUGGAGAGAAAAAAAAGGGCUCCCUGCUGCACCAGUUGAUCACUUGAGCAGGGGAGAAGGGGGUGAGGAGGGGUGAGGUUAAAAGGAAGAUGGGUAUCCUCUGGCACUCAAAAGAUUAAGCACCUUAUACUGAACUAAUGCACUUUAUUGAGAGGGGAUUUGAAUAGUUUUUUUUUUUUUUCGUGUAUGUAUGUAUGUGUGAGUGUUUGGAAUCAGUGUGCACACAGUGUGUGUACAUACACAUCAUCUGUGUGCAUUUGCAUCGGAACUGGAAGGGGGCGGUGAAAAAGUCGGUGGGGUGAAUGGUCGGGCUGUUAGGUUUUCAAAGUCAGGGGGACCUUUAGUUGAAACCUUAUCAGAGAGCAAAUCCUUUCUCGAAAGACAAACACUGUUGAUAUUUCUCUUGUUUAGCAUUUUUUUACCUUUAUAUAAAAAGUAAAGCUAUUGAAAAAUGGAUUAUAAAAAAACUUGAAGAUUUGCACUUGCCUAAAAAAGAAAUAACAAAAACAACAAAAAAAUCAAACAAAUGGGGUUAGUUAUAGAAGUGAAUAUUUUUUUGUGAAUGUGUACGAAUGACUGUGAGAGUGACUGAUGUGAGAUGGUUGGUUUGUGUCAGUAAUAUACCAGUCUGCACAAUGUUUUUUUUGUUUUUUUUUUUUUUUUUUUUUUCAUUUGUUGCUUACCAAGAUGUAUGAAACAUAAGAGGCCAUUUUUGUCUUUUUUGUUCAAAUGGUAAUUUUGUAUUCUCAUGUUUAGAGAGCUUAUGUGUGUAUGUGUCCCUUCUCCAAACAGGGACUUGAUCUCCAUGUUUUGAGAGUGAAUGAAUGAGAGAGAGAAAGAGAGAGAGAGGGCAAUUGCACAACACAUCCUUUCUCUCACCAGCUCUUCAUCCCCAGAUAGACGAAAUAGAAAUGCAUACAUUUGUAAAUGUCAGCUUUUGCGCUCAUCACAUGAUGACCACCACUAGUUCAUUUCCCUUUGCUUCUCCCCACGGGGAGCUGUCUCUAGACCAGUGAGGACUAGUAGACAGGGCAAAUCAUGAGGGACAUUACUGUGUGUGCAUCUGAAUGAGACUUUGUGUGUGUGUGUGUGUGUGUGUGUGUGUGUGUGUGUGUGUGUGUAUGUGUGUGUGUGUGUUUUCAGAGUGCAUGUUCAUUUACUGUUCAUAGAAAUGAGUUAAGACUACAGGUACUCAUUUUGAAUACAUGUGCUUUUUUGUAUGUGUAUGAAUGCACAUUUGUGCCUAAGAACUUGGAUAGGGUGCGUGGCCAUUGAGACAUUAACUCUUUUUUGAGAGCAAGUGUGACGUGUGUCAGUGCUCAGCACAGUGUAUGUAAAGUAUGUAAGUUUAUAUCGUAAAUAUUUCUAGUUCAGUCUAGGGGUGAUCCAUCGGAAGGUUAGUCCAGUCUGUUUUCCUGGGGUGUGAUCACGUUGCCUUUUGUCAGCUCUCGAACUUGUGAAUGAAAGGUGUCGAGUUUCUGACUCUGAAAAAAAAAAAAUACAGCAUCUUAAUGUGCAAGUGCACAGAACGGUGCAUGAAAUGUUAGCAUAUUGUGUUACUUAUUCGUUGUUGCAAUUUGAUAAUGACGAGUUUUCUUUUUUUAAUGAAAAAUAUAUAUGAAUAUAUACAUUAUAUACAAAGUUUAAAAAGUAUUUGGACUAAGAUAAUGAGCACUUGGGGCUGCUAUUUUUGUUGUGUUUUUAAUUUUUUUUUCCUUAAUUUGUUUUUCAUUUUGUUUCAUUAUCGCCAUGUGAAGUGUGUGUAUUAUUUCUUAAGAAAAUAUUGAAUGUAUUCCAAAAAAAUGACAAGAAACCCGUGCUGAUACCAGAUAUUAUUUUUUCCUCAGAAGAUUUCAAAAAUGGAAACAAAAUACAAAAAAGCUUCAGAGUUUAGCGAGGUCUUUUUAUUUUUUUUUUUAUUUUCAUAGUGGAGAAGAAAAAAAAAAAAAAAACUCGGGAUGGAUACAGUUGAACACACUGCCUCUACAAUCCUGGUCGUACAAAUAGUGACUAAGAAUUCAAAGAAAGGACUCUUUCUAUUCCAUACUGGAGCUUUGGUUGUUUACAAACCACAUGGAUAUCUGUGGGUGCAGUUUUGUUUUUUCUUUUUUGUUUGUUUGAAUUUUUUUUUUUUUUUUUUUUUUUUUUUUUUUUUUGUUCUAAGAUAAGAUGGGUGGGGUUUGCAAGUGCGCUUCUGCCAUAUGGACAUUGAGUGGUGUUUUUUUUUUUUGUUUUGUUUUGAGGAAGAGUGGCAGGCAUCACAAUAACAUGGACAAGAUCCUCUAACUGGACCUUUUGUGUGCGGUUGUGGAUCCUGAGACUCGAUGAUCAACCAUGGAGCGAAGGCGGGAAAAUCAAGGAUUGGCUCUGUUUUGUGGAGAACGGAGUGCAGGGCUGCAUAACCCUGGAGGGAACUGAGAGGGCGAUAUGAGUACACCUGGUUCGUGCACUUGUUUUCACCUCAACCCUCAUAAGCACUCACACCCUGCCCUCACCAACUCACCUAUGCACUUUUGUUCAUUCAAGCUGUGAGGUACCAUUUUGGGGAUGGGAGCACAAUUACAACAGGAGGAUUGCUACGACUUUGACAAAGUCACUGAAAAGAUAUUCCCAAACUGAAAAAAGAGACUCGAGAAGCACGUCUUCUCCCACCUCCUGUAAAUAACCAUAUUUUUGUAUUACCUUUCAGAGUAGAAAGAAAAGUUGCAAAUGGAUGAAGGAAAAUUCAUGAGACAUUGAUUAUAUGGAGUGAAUGUUCUUCAAGAAAACCAAUCUUUUUUGAAAAUAGUUUGAGAUAGAACUGCUGUGAGUUUCCCGUAGUUUGCCAGUAACCCUGAAAUAAUCGGGGAUGGAAGGGAAAACCACAUUGAACAUGAACUGAGGUGCUCGACAUGCUACAGUGUCUACAAGACUGACUGAUAGUUAAUUAUCAAAGUGGAUGUUGCAGUGGCGACAAAGCCCCGCCCAAGAGUGUUUGAUCAACAUACACAGUAAAGAGGCAGACGGGUUAGAAGAAGCUGUCGGCAAGGGUGCUUCCACUUCGUGUCCAAACCUGGUGACUGCCUCGAGAGCUGUAGCAUGACUGCAGGAGCAAAAAUCCUUGGAUUUGGUGUCUGGCUGUGCUUUAUUUGCUGCCCUCUACAAUGAGGAUCUAACCUACAGUCAACCCAUGAACCAGUUAACCCUAAACCUGUCCUUUUGAACUUGAACCCUAAAACUUUUCUGUCUUGACCUCAGACUGGGCAGGCCGGUGGCAUUAUCAGUUGGACAGUUACAAGAUGAAGUUACAGGUUUUUCAACCAUGGAUCCCAUCUGUGUUUGAAGCGUUAAGCUGGGCAUUUGAUCAGGCACUCUCCGGCGAGGAAGAGGAUAGAGAGACACGAAUUGCCCAGAUGUCAUCAUCCACCUCGGCCUGAAACUCUUGGGUGGUGCGUGGAGGUCUUCUAACCAGCGGGACUCCUGCUAGGACGUCAGAGACAGAGCUGGGUCGGGUUUCGGUGGAUGUGGCUGGAUUACAUCUAAGCCAGUAGAAAUCCCUGCAGCUGUGGAACUGGAUGAACUGAAAGAAUUGUACAGAAAAAUAGACUUUGAAACAUGACAAAAUACAAACACGUAGCGACAUGUCACAUAGAUUCUAGAGUCCAAAGGAGUGGCAGACACUACAUGCACACUUACAACAAAAAGCAACGUACACUCAGUUACAUUGGCUCUCCUCUGGAACCGCAUCUGUACACAUAACAGGGCUACAUCAAUAUCAAAUCACAUAAGACAUGUACAGACACACACAAGCAUCAAUGCUCUUCACUAUAAAUGCUGAGCUCUGUAAAUAAUGUAAAAGAUGGGUGUUUUGAUUUUUUUUUUUUUUUUUUUUCUCAUAGUGGGUUUUUGCUUUAUUUCUCUGUUCAACAUGCCUUAAAUUGUAUAGUUCAGUUCUGAACGGCUAACUGAAAAUGUUCUCUGAAUGAUGAAUUUACAUUGGAAACCACCUUGUUACCUGUCCUCUAAAGUUAAAGAAAGGAAGGAGCUUUCAACAAGACUGUUUUCUGUUGGCUCACAGAACUGUCUGUUCUGUUUUAACUUCAUAAAUGUACAUCUGAUCACCAUGAAAGUUACUAAUUAGCUACAGAAUAGAGCAGCAAAGCAGUCUUUGAUUAAUCUGAUUUUUGCUGGUGGUUGGCUUAUGUUGCCCUUUUGGUUUCCUUAAAAUGAAGAGUGGAUUUGUUUAGAUUUUUCUUUGUAGAUUAUUGCUAACAGUGCAGGCUGAAGUCUGUACUGUCUGGAGCUGAGCUGACAGGGUGAGAUGCACAGAACUGGCACAGACUUGUUGUGUGAUGACUGUUGUUGGAUACACUGCUCUAGGCAAAACUGAACCAGAGUGACAGGUCAUCUGCAAAUUGAGAUACAAACUGGGGCUGUUUUGUUCUUUUUUUUUUUUCUUUUUUUUUUUACACUCCGGGGACUUAAAUGUUUUGGAAGCUACUAGGUUCUUUUUACAGUUUUGAGAUGACGACUCGGGCUUGUGUAAGGAAAUGUGACUGUUAGAGCAAGUUUGCAUGAUUUGUAAUAUUUGUGAGUUUUGACACUAAACCUUGAGGUGGGUCAUGGGGGGCUUUUGUUGUCUCUGUGCACCUGGUAGUGUUGCUGACCAUCUCGGGUGGCCCUGAAUAGAGAAGGACUCGACCAGUCAGUUGUGUGUUACCUGAAACUAAAUUCCUCAAAAUUGGGUAGUGUCUUGUUCAGUGUAUGUAUACCUAACUGGAUAUGAGAUUAAUGCUUUUAGUCGACCAGUAGUUUCUUUUUUUUUUUUGUAUCUUUGAUAAGUAAACAAUAUGCAGUUUUUAAUUGAAAUGACAACUGAUAUUCAUUGAAAACCAUCAGCUUGGACUUGUAAUACACUUGUACAUUUUGAUUAGCUGAGGUUUUGGUGGACAGUUACCUGCCAUAGCUAACUGUGUAAAAUGUGGUAGCCACAGCAGGCUCCAGCAUGUCAUAACUGUUGAAUUGAUACUGACGUAAUACUAAAUGGUUUCUAUAUUAAAGUAGUUGUAAUCACUUGCCAAAAUGGAGAAAUUGACUUUAAACAUACGAGUAUGCUAUCAAGUCUCUGUGGAUGACUUUAAAUAUACCAGUGUUUGACAUUUUUAAAAGCUGAUCUUGUGUGGCAUUAGUUGUUGGUAAGUCAGUCUGUCUUAAGAGUGAAAAGUAGUUGUUUUCAGUUUAUUUUACUGAACUACAAAAGCUUUUAUAAUUAGUUAAAAUGGAUGUUUGGUUGUAAGCCUUUGAAAAUUUUGUGUCACAGUCUGUCCUCUGACAGUAUGAAGUUGAUCAUCGGUUAAUUGUACCUCUGGUAACUGUAGUUCCAACAAUAUUGACUUAAAAGAGAUAUUGGCAGUUAUACCCCAGUCAGCUCAGCUCCUUUGCUUAAAAAGUCUUUGAAUGUUGUUAAAAAAUAACAACAUACAUGUAAUGAAACUGUUUUGGAAAAGAACAACUGAAAGAUGUGUAAAUAGUUUGGCUUUUGUUUGUUUGAAGAACAAAAUAAAUACUAAAUAAAUAGCAUUUAGCAGUGA